AAUAAAUUCAAAGACUUUGAAAUAAAACUAGGGACAGUAGCUUUCAUUAUCACCAUCACUAGUUUAGGUUUUAUCACUUAAGUAUUAAAACAAAUAUAAUUUUAGUCACUAUGUCUUCUUUUAUAAUUUAUCUUUUCUUACAUUUAUAAUCCUUUCUAUUAAGUCCCAGCUUAUAGUUUAUGGAAUUAUGGCAUAUUCUUUAUUAUUCAAGAGUAUUAUGUAUUUAUUAUUUUAAGAUGUCUUGUGCUACCAAAUGGAUAAAGUCAAUUCUUGAUUUUUCCACUGUAACUUAAAAAUAAAUAUUAUCCUUUAAUAUUUGUUGCUCUUUUUACUUUAAUCCAAUAAUCUUUAACAUUCAUUAGUUCAUCCUUAAUUGCAAUUCUUUAUAAUAUAUUAUUAGAUAUAUUUUCUUUACAACUUGCUGUAUAAAUUAUCUAAUAAUAAGACUAUUGAAAAAUUAGAAAAAACAAUAAUUUUUAAAUGGUUUAUAGAAAGAAUAGAUUUUAGAAGAGNAAUUAUAUACACAAGAAGCAAUCAAUAAGGGAUAAAAAAAAUAAAAUGGAUAAGUUGAUGAAUUUACCUAUGUUUCUGAUAAUAAAUUAACAAUAAUUGCUUGGAAAUAUAAUGGAGACUAAUUAAAUAAAUGGAACAAAGACUUAAGUAAAUAGACAAAUAAAAACAAUAUGAAACCGAUAACAUUUGUAAAUUAAGCAGACAUAUAAUAAUUAAAAGUACUCACAACUGAGUAGAUUAAACAGUUGAAAUUGAGUAGUUGGUAGAAUGCUACAUCAUUUAAUAUUGAAUUCACUUAAUAAAACAACACUUAUGCAGUUGUAUUCAAGUGA